GCCCCAAAUCCAUGUGCUCUCUCUCCGUGCAGUAUCGUCAGGCCGAGUCAGCAUAACCAUAGCGCAAUGGUGUCUGCUUUUUUCAACACACCGCCGGCUACCGAACUCGACGAACGGAUCGCUGCAGGAUUAUUGCUGUUGAUUGGCCUUACUCCUAACAUCAAAGAUCCUAAACAUGGAGUUACAAUUCCACCUUUCCGUCCAACGGAGAACUACCACUUUGAGACCAAAGGUCCAGCCGUCAUAGUCGCACUCUCAGUGUGUAUGGUCAUUCUCACGCUUGUCACCUUCCUGAGGCUGGGCAUCCGAAUAUUCGUCCAUGGGGUCCGUUUCGGUGCCGAUGACUGGCUCAUCAUUCCAGCCUAUCUCCUCUCCAUGGCGUACCCAGCGCUUCAAAUCGCCAUGGUCCAGUACGGCGGGGCCGGAAAGCACUUCUACGACAUCACUUACCAAGAGUACUUCCAUUAUAAAUAUCUCGCACCGUCAGCCGCGACUGUGUUCUACGUCUAUGUGGGACUUGUCAAGAUGAGCAUUGCAUUGUUCAACAUUCGACUGACAACUCUUACGACGCGACUAUGGAGGAACGUUAAUUGGGCGUUUUUCGUUAUAUGUACGGCCUACACCCUCGCAGCGCUGUUUCUAAACGUCUUCAAGUGCAACCCUCAGUACGCGAGUUUCAACUUGCUGCGGAUCGCCGAAUCGGGCAAGGUUCCGAAGUGCCUGUCCGUCAAUUCCAUGAACAGCAUCCUUCGCUUGAACCUCGCUCUGGACUUCACCGCUCUCGCCAUCCCGGUGAUUGUACUAUGGAAAGUUCAAUUGACCUGGAAGAAGAAGGCUCGCAUCUUUGGCCUUUUGUCCAUCGGUCUGAUUGCUUGCAUCGCCUCAGUAAUGACCCUUGUCUCGCAGUAUACCCUGCAGAAGGAUCCGCUGUGGAACUACACGACUCUACUGGCAUGGAUCAUGGUCGAGCUAGUCGUCAGCCUCACCGCGGCUUGUGCUCCUACUCUUGCCUAUCUCCUCCCGCGCUCCAUGUUCUCGAAGCAUUAUGCAUCCAACAGCGCUAGCAGAUUGACAGGCAAUAAGCCGGCCACUGGCUUCGGGUCGCGACUGUCAAGGAACGACUACGCUUUGCAGGCACGUCCUGUACAUGGAGAAGAUGGAGACAGCGAAGAGGAGGAACGUCACAUCAUCGUGAAAGAAGACACCAAGAUGGAGUGGCAGGGUAACAGACGCGGCGAUGCGCACCGUUCGCAAGUGAGCGAUCAUUCGGGCGAUGAUGGUAGCCUAACAAGUUGGUAUGGUGAUCAUAGGGGAAAGACAGGUGCUGUGGUCUAUGACGGCCGCCAGCACGAAGAGAGCACAAGAGCUUGGGUGAGCACGGACGUGUCAGGCAGGAAUGGUCCUGGUCGUGGGACUCGCCCGGGACACGCGAAAUGAAGGCUGCAUAGCAUGCUUGAGCUGUGCAGGUUCAUGUCCUUCUAUCAGUGCAGUGAAUGGCGGCGGUCUAGUUACGGAUUAAAUUUGCAUACAUGUAAUGGCGCACCAUCGAUAUCUUUUCGAACGAAGUAACGAGCUUGAGCAUCCGAUGACUGCGUUGACUUUGUAUAAACAGGGAUG